CUCGAAUUCAUCAGAAGUAUUAUCAAAGAUGGCGGCUACCGUUGUACAAAAGGAUGUUCCUACAUUUUUAAGAUCAAAACAAAAUGUUUCGGAUAAGGAAUUGGCCGAGGAAUGGGCGGAACUCGAUAAUCUAUACAAAAAAAAGCUUUGGCAUCAGCUAACUCUCAAAUUGGAAACGUUUGUAAAACAUCCAUUAUUGCAACAAAAUGACAAUCUUAUACAGUUGUAUGUUAAUUUUCUGUCAACGUUUGAAAGCAAAAUAAAUCCAUUAUCGUUGGUUGAAAUAAUAGCACACGUUAUUCAACAAUUUCAAGAUAAACAAGAAGCUAUUCAAUUUUUAGAAAAAACAGAAUCCAAAGUAAAAAGCAAUAAUGAAGCGGUAGCUUUGUGUAAGGUUCUAACGGGACAGAUCUUACUCGACCAAUUGAAUAAUCAAGAACAAGCUAAGAAGAUUAUAGAAGAUGUUGAAGUAAUGCUCGAUAAUGCAGAUGGAAUUACCACUGUUCAUGGGAGAUUUUAUCUUCUUGCUAGUAGAUUGUAUAGAUUACAAGGAAAACAUGCAGAAUAUUAUCGUACUGCAUUAAGAUACUUGGGAUGUAUCGAUUUAAAUACCUUAGAUAGACAAGAACAAGAACAACAUGCAUUUUUCCUUGGAUUAGCUGCACUGUUAGGAGAAGGAGUUUACAAUCUCGGUGAAUUACUUGCCCAUCCAGUUUUAGAAUCUUUAAAAGAUACACCUAAUUCAUGGUUGGUAGAUUUACUUCAAGCAUUCAAUGCUGGUGACAUUGUUGCUCUAGAAAAAUUAAAACCCCAAUGGAGUAAAGUUGCUGAUUUAGCUGCACAGGAAUUAAAAUUAAGACAAAAAAUUUCUCUUUUAUGUCUCAUGGAAAUGACUUUUAAACGACAAGCAAAUAAUCGACAAUUGACAUUUACUGAAAUAUCACAGGAAACUCGUUUACCUUUAGGAGAAGUUGAAUUAUUAGUUAUGAAAGCUCUUGCUCAAGGAUUAGUACGUGGUGCUAUUGAUCAAGUUGCUGGUACCGUUCACAUGACUUGGGUUCAACCACGAGUAUUAGAUCGUAGUCAAAUCGCUGGUAUGGUUCAACGACUUGACGGAUGGUGCAAAGAUGUUAGUUCAAUGGAACAUUUAUUAGAAUCCCGAGCAUCUGAAAUAUUAACCCUUUAAUUAAUAAAUAACUUUCUAACUUCUGACUACUUAUUUGCAAAUUGUACUUUUAUAUCUUUUCCAAUGAUGGAAGUAACAAGUUUUCACAUUGCAAAAUAUGUAAACUUUGUUCAAUUAGAGGUAAACGAGUUAAUUAAAUAUAUAAAAGAAAUGAUAAAUUUAAUUUACAGAUAACAUAUUGAAAACUACAAUUUCAUCAUUCUUAUUUAGAA